CACGCCCCGAACUGUUCAUAUUGACAACUCUUUUGAAUGUCCUCUGGCACCCAAACCCAAUAUAUGCGUGGUAUGUCCCCGACAUUGUCUCUGAAUACUAUUCACUGCGAAAACGGUGCGAUGGCCUUGACUAGAGUCCAAGGACACCGUGCCCGUGAUUUCACCACAUCGUCACAAGGACGCACCACCAUCUUGCAGCCCAGAUUCCUUCGAGUUUUGUUUUAACUAUCCGUCUGUACCGAUACUUAAAUGACAAUAGGAGCCAUACGACCAAUGUAUUUGGCGACAUUAGAUCACAGUCAAUAUGCAGCAGCAACCACAGCUACAAAGGUUGUCAAAAGGAUUAGUGGCUAUGGUUAGCCGACGGCCAGACAACCUGCUAUCACUUACAGAGGCAUAGCUUGGACUACAUUAACACGCGUCUCCUCUUGUCCUCUACAUGUUCACCGCUUUCACAAAACAACUACGUCCUCCACCCAACGUAAGGGAUCGCGCACAAAUCUCACGAACGCUGAUUUGUUCAGGCACGAUACUUGCUUUGCAGACACUGACAGGCCAUCACCAUAGCUUCGCAGAGCUCAAGUAUUUGCAAAGCUGAGAGAUAGCAGUCGUCUUCUGACCGCAGGAGGAUCUCGAGGUCAACUUACACUCGGGACAUGGCAACUCCCAUUUCCGGUCUGUGAUCACGCAUAUCGCAGCAAAUAUCGACCCAACGACUCUUCCAUCUGUCUAUUUGCUGAGCGCGCGUCUUUGUCAUUCGCGCUACAUGAUAUCUAGUGCCUGGAUCUGAGAUAUCUGCCAUCGCGCUUCACCUUAUAACCUGGGCUACAUCUUGAUCCACCUGCUUGCUUCUACCAUUGAGCCCAAGGCCACAUCUUUCAUCAACAGGAUAUCAGAAAGUCAGUGGCGAACGACCUCUUCAUCAUGGGUAAAGGCUACUAUUCGCAUCCCAAAAAGCAUGAGUUCACCUCUUUCGAGGUAUUUAUGGCCCCUAAAACUAUCAUUUAUAAGACAUAGAGCUAACGUACGUCUUUCUAGAUUCAAAUCACUUUGGGUCUCAUGUGCAGAGGAGUGCAUCUACUUGGUCCUGAACACAACAAAAAAGGCGAAGCCAUUGAGUACGACGCCAAGCAUAAGAGAGAAGUCUACACCACAUUUGCAACUCGCAUGAACGAAAUUCUCCACGGUGAAGAUUACGCCCAAGAUAUCAGCAAGAAAGAUAUCACGGCCCUUAUCGAUCGGUUGACGGCAGAACACAAAAACCUUUUCGGAAGUCACGGAUAUCUUGAUCGAAAUGGGUACAGACGACUGACCAGAUCGAUCAAUCGUGCUUUCCUUUCCAAUCGCAAGCAAAACUACGAUGGAAGUAAGCAGGAGUGGGAGAUGGGUCGAAAGAAGAAGGUCGAGGAUGAAUUAAGACGCGAACAGGGUUUGCCGACUAUUGAGGAGGAGGAAGCUCGUACUCGGGCUCGAGAAGAAGACAUUAAGGCAAGAAAGGCGCGAGAGGCUGCAGAAAGUAGGUUCUUCCCGUCUCUCAUACCGCCAUUUGAAGGGUUUACUGACUCUUUCUCCCACAGACGAAGAACAACUCAGAAUCUUCCGUGCCGAAAGAGAGAAGGAGAAGCAAAAGGAAAUGCAAAACGCUCGACCUACUUCCGCCUCCAUCCUUAAGGGUUUGCUUCCGAGCAUCGAGCCUUCUGAUGCCCAAGCUACCAACACCCUCUCUACUGCAGCGGCAAACGGAAACAACGAGACGAUUUCUGCCUCCGUCCUUCACAGCUUGCUUCCUAGCAUCGGAACCACCAAUACCCCACAAUCUGCACCUACGGAGAUGCCCCGAGAGGAUGUUAGAAGAGAUGAGUACGGUCGACCUCUUUCCAAGCCAAGAGUUCGUGCCAAUAACUCUCGCUUCUUUGAUACCUCUCGUCCUUCUCAUUGAUCUGCUUCUUGGUAUGGGAAUCUACGGGUCAUUUGGUAAAGAUCUUAUCAUCUCGGAAAGCUUUGAAUCUGAUAUUAUAUGGCUAUCGUAUUCCUGACAACUGUGUUGCAGAAACUGGAGCUCUGUCCGAGUGAAGGCGAGGACUGGAUGGGGGAAAUAUUUUUUCUUAUGAAAAAACAGAUAGUUACGUAGCGAAU